AUGCAGACCCAGCCAAUUCCUGGUUAUGUCCCCAAGACAAAGAUAGAAGCCAGAUCAUAUUUCCGGCGUUCCUUCAUUUUGUACGAAAGAUCUGAAUCAAUUGCACAACAGCUCUGCUUGGUGGAACGAGACGUCUUGCUGGCUGUUCAAUGGGAGGAACUAGUACAUUGUCGGUGGACGAAGAUGAACACCAACGUGGAUGGACGACAAGAUGGUAAAAAUGAAGACCCACAUUUCACCGAUAAAUCCCAGAAAUCUCCAAGGUUUGAUAGUAGCUUGCAUCAUGGAGUUCAGGACGCUAUCCAAAGGUUCAAUGUGGUUUGUCAGUGGGUUGCUAGUGAAAUUGUUCGAGCUCCAAAUCUAGAAGUGCGAGUGAGAACCAUCGAGAAGUUUAUCCGUAUUGCAGAGAAAUGCCGCAUGUAUUCAAACUUUGCUACACUUAUUCAAGUCCUACUUGGGCUGCAGGCUCCAGCCGUUAGUCGCCUACACAAGACUUGGUCUAAAGUUAGGAAUUCCGAGCUUAAGAUUCUUGACGAACUUUCAUCCUUCACCUCACCUACCAAGAAUUGGAAGCAUAUGAGAGAUAGCAUGACAACCAUUCCAUUUGGAGGUUGCAUCCCAUUCUUAGGAAUAUAUUUGUCGGAUUUAGUUAGCAACCAAAAAGAUAUAUCCCCUCUCUUGAAGCAGCCACUAGUCAAUUUUAGCAAGCAUCGCGUUACGGCCAUGAUCAUCAAACGUGUUUUGACCUUCCAAAACUUGGCACGUCGAUACCCAUUCGAACUCAAUGUUGACCUGUUUUCUCGCUGUAAUGAGCUUGAGUGCCUCACUCCGGACGUUAUCAAGGGCCUCAGCCAUGUGACUGAACGUCAUAACGCUUAG